UAUAGAAAGAUGAUAAUUAUCAUUUUUACACAAGUUUUCAGUUUGUUUAGGCAAAUCGGAAAAAAUUCUCAAGUAUUGGAUGUAUAUAAUAAUAUUUUGAUAAUUUCGUAAUUUAAAGAGGCAGGUCUUGAAAAUACACAAGUUAACAUCAUGAAGUCUGUUAAGACUCUAUUCUCAUAAGAAACACAUUAAAUGGUGAUAAACGAAAUGACUUCAAAACCUCAAAUUUACCAUGAAAAACAAGUCAAAGAGCUUUGUGCAUUGCAUGCUCUAAACAAUUUGUUUCAGACACGGAACACAUUUUCUAAAUCCGAUUUAGAUACAAUAUGUAGAAGUUUAUCACCAAAUGUAUGGAUUAAUCCACACAGAUCAAUGCUUGGUUUUGGAAAUUAUGAUAUAAAUGUAAUAAUGGCAGCACUCCAGAAGCAAGGAUGUGAAGCUAUAUGGUUUGAUAAGAGAAAGGAUCCAGGUUGUUUGGAUUUAUCAAAUAUCUGUGGCUUCAUUUUAAAUGUUCCAUCAGACUAUAAGUUAGGAUUUGUCAUGUUACCAAUUAGGAGAAGGCAUUGGAUCACAAUACGACAGAUUCAGGGAAACUUUUACAAUCUGGAUUCCAAGUUAGAUUCACCUCUGCUUAUUGGUAGGGGUAGUGACCUAAUAUCUUACCUGAAAGAGCAACUUGAUUGUAAAGAGAAAGAACUGUUUGUGGUUGUGAGUAAAGAAGUGGAAGAAAAACAGCUCUGGAUGCACCAAUACACAAUUAAUAGAGUUCAAGAGGUGCACAUAAAAGAGUCACUAACAAACUGCCUCAGUAUUGACAGUAUUAACUCUGAAAAUGAGUAUAGAAAUAGAGAUGCGGAAGUCCUCAGAUUAAAUGAAGUAAGAAACUGUAUUACCGAGAAUAGUUUUUAAUGAUGUGUAAAUUUGUGAUGUGUCAUAAUAUUAAUAGAAUAAUAUUUCUAUUUUCUGUUCUUCUAUGUAUGCUGAAUUAAUUCUAUUAGUUUAAAAAAUUGCUCAAUUUUUCCUCGUUUUUAUACCAGUUCCUGAUUGUUUUGAUUUGGUAAUCAGUAUGGUAUGGUAUGAUGUUGUAUGGCAGGGAUUUAUCUAAAAACAAACCAGACAUCAGGAACUGGUGGUUGGAGCAUUAGUCUUUGGGUAUGUUUUAUCACAAAAUUAUUUAUUAAUAACUUAUUAUUUUAUAGACUGUUAACUUUGUUCUAUUUAUUCAAUUUCUUUAUUUAUGAUUGGUCUUAUCUCAAGCAAUAUACGGCCUAAUCAUAAUUAAGGUUUAUAAUAAAUGUUUAUAAGCUCAAUGACCAAAUUCUCGUAAUUAUAUUAUUAGGUGUAAAUUCGUAUCUACAAUAUUCAUAGCUCAUUUUGGUCUCAUAUAAUAUAGACAUUUGUUAAAACAAGAUUUAUCACACUUAAGAUAAAUAACAAUGUUAUUUCUAAAUAAAAGUAAAAAUGUUA